AUGCAUGUAAUCUAGUAUUAUAAUCUCCGGUGAAAUUGGGCAAUUAAAUACAUAUCUACAAUUCUGGAGACGUGAUAUUUAGGGUAAGGCGAGAAUUGUAGACUAGCUUGAAGCUUCGAUUAGAAAGUAUCAAUGUUUAUAUUUAUAAGUGCACUGUGUUCGUCAUUGUGUCUGGAGACCAUUCAAUGCUUCUUUUAAACUAUGGUUUGACGAUAUUGAUGAAGAGACUCUCAUCGGAUGAUUAAUCGAUUGACUCAAGACAAAAGUUGGUAUCGCGAGAACACAAACAAUACAUAAAUGAUGAAAAGCAGAAAAGUGCAAAACGCCAAGUGAAACGAUGUGCUCGUCCUUGUAACAUUAUCGUGUAUUUUGCUCCCACACAAAGUUUCUCCAGAACAUCACAGUAUUUUGGUCGUAUCUGGCAUGGUGUACUUGACAAUACCGUAAUUAAUACAUUUUCUUUCAUUUGAGUCCCAUUAUGUUGUAUUUAGUUUCAUUCCAGACAUGACAUAUAUGUCUAUACCAGAUCACCUUCAAUGUAAGUACUGAAAAGUUUACAAAACAAUCAUCAAACUAGUUUUAUGGAUGAUAUCGCUUACUAACAUAGAACGACUGCUUUCAUGACACUCCUCCCCACACAACAUUUCAUGAUAAACCCGAGAUGAAAAGGACAGUUAAACCUAUCCAGCGGAGGUGUGUUACAUAUCAACUGAUAUAUAUUUGACCAGAACGCUUCCGGUUUUCCUCCUGAGUGCCAAGUUCUCACACGUUGAAAUUGAUGAAAUACUUUCUAAAUUGAUAUGCUUUUAAAACAUCUGUGAUAUCGAGCGAGUGUGGAUUAUACAGUGUUGUAGACUGCAUACAAUACUCGGGAUAUUACUGGUUUCCUAACGUUUCCCCUGGGCCCCGUCAUUGGAGGAGGGUGCGCGCAGGCCCGUAUGUACAUCGAUACCACAUAUCAACACCGAAUAACUCUUAGAGUGGUACACAAGGAUUUAAUACGAUAUGGACAUCGCAUUGAUGUUAACAGUAGUCCAAGUUUCCAUCUUUGGUUUCGGUCUGGCAGAAUAUGAUAUCAAGACCGUCAAUGUAGAAGUUCCGUGGUCAGAAUCAAGACAGGGAUGUACGGACAUUGGAUAUGACGUACUGAACCUUGCAGUGGUGCCGAAGACCGAACUGGUAUCGCAGGGAGUACUUAAGGAAGGAGAAUACUACUGGACGAGUCAGUACCAGUCAAAGUCGCCAUUCUAUUGGAAGUUUGGAUGCUAUGAUGUUACGGACAGGAAUUCAUUAAAUGAGACAGACUUCGGACGUACAAACUCUGUCUUUCAAUGUUCACAAAAGUGCGGGGGCUUGCAGUUUUUCGGAUUGGAGAACACGACCUGUUUCUGUUUUCCGGCAUCAGCCAAAUUAUCUCAAGAAUCCAAGACUCCAUGUACGACAGUCUGUCCCGGAAACUCCAACGAAAUUUGUGGAGAGUCAGGAUCAGCCAAAAUGACGGUGUACCGAAAAUUGGACGAAUCUGAGGACCGGGUGACCUUACAGGACACCACAGGAGAUUGUGUAACUCUAAACAAAGAAGAUUUAGAUCAAUUAUACAACGGUGGUGACUAUUACGACGAGCAUGAAUCGUUCACCAACCAACUAUGUACUGAGAAAAAGACUUUCUUUUGUAGAAAUUACAAGCACAAUGCAUCGGAUUAUAACAGUGAAAUAUUCCUUUAUAAAGCGCAAAACAUGACAUGGUACGAGGCUCAGCGUUAUUGCAUUUCAAGUGGGAAUGACAUGGCGUACAUUGACGGCUCUAAUGCACUGGGUGUUCUAACCAAAGAUUUAAUACCAGAAGGAUCAGAAAGUUGGGUUGGAUUGUUCAGAGCAACUGCCGAACUCUCUAUAACCACAGAUGACGUCACCGGUAAUCCCACGUCAUGUCAUUCAAUUACUGUAAACGGCAAUAUACUGGAGGAAUCGUACAAUCUUUGCAUGCAUAAACGGAAGACUGUUUGUAUGAAGGAAAUACCUACAACUGAGGCGCGUACAUCCGAAAUGUCUUCAACUGAUACGAUAACUGAAGAGUAUACAACAGCAAUACCUUCAACAGAAGUGCCCACAAGUGAAACACCUACAACUGAAAUACCUACAACCGAAACGCCUACAACGGAAUUGCCUACAACCGAAACGCAUACAACGGAAUUGCCUACAACCGAAACGCAUACAACGGAAGUGCCUACAACAGAAUUGCCUGCAACAGAACCGCCUACAACGGAGAUGCCGACAACGCAAACGCUCACAACAGAAACAUUACUGGUAGUUUUAACGGAAGAGACCACAGAGACGACUCCUGUUGUUCAAACAACUAAUUCUUCGAAAGCAGUGUUACCAGGAUCCGGAGAUUUCCACGAUGGUACCUCACCGAAGUCUACAGAAGUAACGACCAAACUACCACAACCUCACGUUGCAAAUGUUGCACAGAAAAAUGUCGGCGAAAAAGAGGAUAAUGGUACAGGUAUCAAGCAUUCAGGACUCCUUUUUAUCUUGAUAGCGUUGGUGGUGAUUCUAAUAGUAGCUAUUAUCCUCGUGGCAAUGGCUUAUAAAAGGUAUAGAAGAAAUCGAAGCUACCAGAAAGUAAGUCUGAUGAUGAUUAAGCCGUAUACAAAAACCGGUAACGGGGCGAUCGCUGAUUAUUCACAGACACCUCCGUCUCCAGCCAAGACACCAACUCCAAAAAAACCGGCUAGAACCAGCAUGAAACAAGACAAUGUUCUUUUGAAUAUUUCACAAGGCAAUUUUGUUUCCCAGAGUGACCAGUUCGUGCCAGGCACGCGUGAUGACGUCAGUUGGAAUCUACCUUUUAUCGACGCGUCACGUGAAACAUUGGAUAAUAUGGAUGACACACAACCCGUUGUAGUACGACGAACAAUACUACUGAGUGAAAACGAGGCGAACAAUCUUAAUAUAGGUCAUCCGAACGCUUCGGUCGACCUGGAUGAUAAAGUUUCCCAUACACAUUCCGAGGAGGAAACUGAUGCUUUGGUUAGCGAGCCAAUAUUGAAUACCGAUGAAGACGAUGAUAUUUUCGACGACAACGUCGAAUCCCGUUUACCAAGAUCCCCCAGCGAACACAUAGACCUUCUUUUCCGUAUGUCCCUCAGUGGAGAAAAGGACUAAUGGGGUGAUAUUAGUGAUAUUAAAUGUACACGAUUUAAAUAUAUGCUGCAAAAUCGCAAAGAGUUCUUCUUUAGGUGUGGUUGGCAUGUCAUCAGCUUAACGGGUGAAGCAUUCGCAUUAGUUAGUAUAGGUUUAAAAGUUAGCUUGCUUCAAUUUUUGCCUGCAUUAAAUGGUACAUGUAACUGUAAAUGCACCUUGCGAAAUAUACUCCGCAUCGCUUGUCUGCAUGUAAAAAAUGACAAUGUUGCAUAUAUCCAUUUGGUUUGUAUCGUUACGUUUGUUGCGUUUUAAAAAUUCACAUUAGGCAAAAUAUACCUUUUUUUUCAGAUAGUUUUCAUUAAGAUAAUUAUUCGGUUAAAGUUAAACCGUUCCUAUUAGAUCGUCUAGAGCAUUGAAACAAUAUGGAUUGAACAUAAAGACAUUCUAAGCACUAAAAUAUGAUUGUAUAUUACCGUGAAGUUAUUACCUCUGACGCUGUGUAAAGGUUUGUAAUUAAUUAAAUAAAAAUGAAAAAUUGAUGUAUACUCUCCCGUUAACACAUGUAUUGAAUUACAUGUGGAAUUUGUUACAAUCAAUGUUGCAUUUAACCAGCUGUGUUUAGCUUAAUACGAUUUUUACCCAUCAUUUAUUGGCCCGAGUGAUCUUGAAUGUUGAUUAGCCGUUAAAAAUGUAAUAAAAAGUUGAUGUUAUUGCAAAAUAGUUUUUGAAAUAUUUUCCUUUUUAUCAUAAUAAAAAUAAAUUAUGUGCCGUAAAAAAAUUAUUUCCUAAAAAUUUGUGAAAUAUUGCUAAAUAUUGGAAUAACUUUUGCGUAUUGGGUUUGGGUUUGAAUUGUUAAACGUCCUACCAACAGCUAAGGUCAUUGAUUGCUGUUUCUAUGAAAUGUUAUUUUAUUUUUGUUCAUGCAGUUUUGUUUUAUUACCGGUGAUAAAGCAUGCAGUAUAUUUGAUGUAACAGAAAUUCCUUGAUAACGUUUAUAAGAUUUAUUAUAGAUGAUGUAUGGAAAAUCAAUGUAAAUAUUAAGGACUUUUGACUGGAAUGGUGACUAUAACAGCAAAUUCCAAAUGUAGCUAUCAUACCUUGUUGUUUAUUAGAAAUGGUACAGAAAUUAUUGUUACACCUGCAUACAUUCUUGGUUUAGCAUAUAUAAGAUUCGAUAUGGAUACUUAGAGUGUACUGCGCCUGUAUCUUUGAUAUUCAGUGGAACUUUUUUUAAUAUACUGCGUAUAUCCAGGCGAGAAAGUAACAUCAGAAAUUGAUACACCAUCAGCAAUACCAACGGAGGAGACAACAGAGAGGGGGUAUUUAUACUCCUGAAAGGCUGGUAAUGCAAGGAUAUUCGCCCUGUUUCGACAAGUAAUAACAGGGAAAAUAAGACAUGUAAGUCAGCUAUUGAUGUGUUGAUGUAUUAUAAUUGUGGUUCUAAUAAUCAAAAUUAAUAAGUGUUCCAUUCACAGUAUUACACGCAUAGCGCUUUUUUAUAGCAACAUCAAAUGUUCUUACCAAAAAGGCUUGUAGAUAAUAGGCGAGAACGGAUCAAGGGGAGAUACUGAUUUAACGGCAAAAGAAGGAAAUAUAAUAUAAAUUGGCAGAUGUAUGCAAAGAGAUAUUCAUUAACUUACAAAAGCUGAUGAGAAAGAAGAAAGUCGCUUAUGAGAGGGCGAAUUUUGUUAAGGCAGUUAGGUAAAGAGAUUAAGGGAGGAUACCGACAGGUCAGGUUUUAUUCUGACGGCACUAGUUUAAACAAUAUUUCACUAACGUUGAAAUAAGCUAAAUAUAUCAUUGCUAAUAUUGAAUAGCUGAAGAUCUGUUUCCGUACUGAUUUUUUUUCAAUUAAUACGGUAAUAACAUUUUACAAAAGUGUUAGCAUCAUAUUAAUCAAAAUGGUAUACAAAAGCAAAAAAAAACUUCAAUCAUAAAAUAUCCCCGAUGUAAUUGUUCCUGUGUCAAAGUCCACGUUAACGACAUUGACAUGUGUAUAACAUGUCCUCGUACGACCCUGGUUGUUGCCAGGGCGCUAAACACAGAGAAAGCUAUAGAUGGUACUUCCUGUACUGUACACUAUAAAACAGAGAUUAGUAUUCAUCUUUACAUAUAUUAAAAAUCGUCCUGUUUGAAACAGAGAUAGAUGGAUAUAAACAGAUACGUUAUAUAAAUAUAAACGUAGAUAUCGUUGAUGAAAAAAUUAAUAUACCUUAAAUAUAAAUGACACCAUAACGCAUUGGAGAUAUUUGCCGCAAGUAAAUUACUAAAAUGCGGGGAAUGUAGACCAUGUCUUACACUUUGUUUUUCACCAUCCACGACAUAGACGUUUUUAUCACCCUGCAAAUUAAGUGUUUAAUCUCUGAUUACGACAUCAAUAAUCAUAAUCCCCUCUUUUUGCUAAGCAUCGACAUACCGCCUGUAUAUGUAUACACUUAAAAAUGUACCAACUAGUCCCUGUGUUCAAUCUGCGUACAUUCACUACGGAUGUCCGCACUAAGCCGGUGACGCCUCGUCUACCGUGCCCGUAAAACAGUACCGCUAAUAUAACAACAUUUACUUUCAGGAAUCAUCUUUAUAUACAUUUACACAUCCGUAAACGUGCAGGACUUCUCUAUUAUACCUAUACUAUUUGUCUUGUUACAACAAUCACAAUGGAAUCAAGUUUUUUGACAACCGAGUAUCCGGAACCAAACUAUGGAAGCGUUGAAAAAGAUGGCGAGAAUAAUGAUGACCGCAAAAAAUACGAGCCUUCAGGUCUCGUUAUGCUGUUGAUUGCGCUGAUGGUGGUUCUCUUCAUAACAGUUAUCUUAAUAGCAUUUGCUUACCACAGGUAUUGGAGAAGUAGAAAUGACCCGAAUGUCAUUUCACCAACAGCGAAGUCGUACCAAAGGACAGUUAACGGGACAGUGGCUAUAGAGACACAGACGAAUCCGUUCCCGGUUAAAACACCAACUCCCAAAAAACCGGCCAGAUCAAGUUUGAAAAAUGGUCAAUCACAAAUUUCUUACGACAAUGUUCUUUUGGACGUCUCACAAGGCAACUUCGUAUCCCAGAAUGACAUGUUUACGCCAGGUUCUCGCGAUGAUGUCAGUUGGAAUGUACCUUUCAUUGACGCAUCACAUGAAUGCCUUGAUAAAUUAGACGAAACACAGCCGGAAACAGGACACACACUUGUUGUUGAUCCAGAUAGCAAAGUGUCAAAUACAGAAAAUAAUUCUGAUUCUCCGGAGAGAGAGCCAAUGUUGAAAACCAACGCAAAUUAUGAUGAUGAUGUUUUUGAUGAUAACGCUGAUUGUCGUUUACCAAGGUCACCGAGCGAGCAAAUAGACCUUCUAUUCAGGAUGUCACUCAACGGGGAAAAUGAUUGAUGAACAUAACUUUCAGGAUAUGUACAACACUAAACGUUGUUUGUAUUGAUACUUUCGUGGUAGUCAUAUCCGGAAAUAAGUACGUCUGGAUAAUAAAACGUAGUCAUUUUCUGAAGUGUUCAAAUUUGGAGAUAUGAUAUGAACAUUAUAUACAGUAAUAAGGGUCUGUGUUGAUGUGAGGAGUGACGUGGAAUGGCAUAGUGACAAUCAGAGUCUCGUUCAAAUAUGAAAUAAACCAAAUUGCUUCAGGAUUUGUUAUCGACACUUCGACAUGUCUUUGUGGGUA